GUAAAGUCUGCAACGGACGGCCCCUUUUCAGAACAAGCCUCGUCCGAAAAGUUGAUACAUGGAGUGAGUCUCCGCAGUAACAAAACGGUUCUUUUUCGCUCUUUUAUAGGCUUUUUUAGAACGCGUGGGGAGCCGAAGCGAGUGUUUUAGGACCUGUGUUUGUGAAAUGAAACGACUGAGAAAUGCCAGUGGAAAUGCUACAUCCAAAUUCAAUGCCUCCGUAGGUUUGUCACCGAGCCAGAUAUAUACGUUACUGUCGACCUGUUGAGAGACUCGACCUGUCAGAGCCCAGCGAUGUGGCUCUGCCUGGUUUACAAUGAGACGGACACUAGCGUGGACUUCCGGCUCUGCCAGGACUUCGGCCUCAUUCUGUCAGUCUUCUCCCUCAUCUACCUCCUCGUGUGCUUCCCAUUGGGGCUGUGCUACAAUGUGCUGCUGGUCGUGGUCAACCUCUCUAACAAGGUGUCCAUGACCAUGCCGGAUGUUUAUUUCGUCAACAUGGCCAUCGCGGGCCUUGUGCUCAACCUGGUGGCGCCCGUGGAGCUGCUGAGCUCCACCUUCACACGCUGGCAUGCGUGGGAGUACAACAACGAGGUCUACAUCACUCUGAUCAUCCUCUUCAACAUCUCCUCUCUGGUUAUCAUGUAUUCCACCACGCUGCUCAGUCUGGACUACUAUAUAGAGCGGGCGCUGCCUCGUACAUACAUGUCCAGUGUGUAUAACACCAAACAUGUGUGCGGGUUCAUCUGGGGUGGCGCGGUGCUCACUAGCUUCUCUUCGCUGCUCUUCUAUGUGUGCAACCACAUCUCCACCAAGAUGGUUGAGUGCUCCAAAAUGCAGAACAAGGAGGCAGCAGACGCCAUCAUGAUGUUCAUCGGCUACGUGGUUCCAGCUCUGGCUGUUCUUUAUGCCUUUGUGCUCAUUUUGCGCAUUCGGAAGGAGUCUACACCUCUAGACCAGGACUCUGCUCGCUUGGACCCUUCUAUCCACAGACUGUUGCUAGCCUCAGUCUGUGUACAGUUCAUAUUGUGGACCCCAUACUACAUGACCCUGUUGGUACACACUGUAGCUGGUGCACCAGGGUACAUUAGCAAUGCACAUUACUUACCUACUUAUUAUUUCUUGAGAUGUGUGUCUAAACUGCUGGCUUUCUCUAGCAGCUUUGCGAUGCCUCUCAUGUAUAGGCAGAUGAACAAAAACUUCUCCAACAAGCUUCAGCGGCUGCUCAGGAGGCUGAACUGCAGAGACCAGUCCUGCCCUCAUGAACGCUCAACAGUGCAGCAAGUGGUGACGUGAGAGCUCCCUCCUUGGAGAUUACCCACGCCCCUCCCACUCCCCCCUUUUCAACCUCUUGGCGUAACCGGCACUUAUCUCCCCCCUAUGGAGCCAGUGUCUGACUGGGCUCUCUCGCUGCUCUGGACUGUGUUAAGAGCGACGUAGCUAACUGUGGAAUUUCCUGUCACCUUCCAGAACUUGAUCUGAUCUAUCCAGUUCUGCAGUGAAAGGACAAACCAAGCAAAAACCACUAAGUGCUGUUAUUGUUUUUUUUCACUGAGUGAAGCUCUCCACUAAGACACUUGACCUUCUAGUUUGAGGGUGGUAAAUUGGCACAAUCAGCUGAUAACUCCCCAGUGCAGUGUUUUCUCAGUUUCACAGAAACAUUAAUGAAAUAUGCUGAGGGAUCUUAAGCACUAUACUGUUGCAGUGGGCGCAGCUUCCCUGAUAUUGGGUCUGUUAUGCGUAUUCUGCUGACAGUGUUCACGAUUGACCUAUGCAUGGCUGCCUAAAUUUCACUGUAGAGUUGCAAUAUGCUACGUAGUCACAAGAAAAAUAAAUAAUGCAUGAUGCCAUCUCCUAACACACAAGCAGAACCAGUAAGCUUUAAACUGAAAUUAUAAAAUUAAACCAAGGUAUUUGGAUUCUUAAGGAAAAACGUAUGAAUUUGCAUUAGGGCUGGGUGAUAUGGGCGUCUAUUCUGAUAAAGGUAAUUUCAUCUCUCGUUAAUGAUAGUGAGUGUUUUCUGGUGAUUCAAAAAUAGUCUGUGACAUACCCAAAUGGUGAAGGUUAAAGUUUAGGUUACAUACUCCUGUGUUAAUUAAAUACUUGAUGAAUGUAUUGAGUAUUUUCUCAUUUCACUGAGAACUUAAGUACAAAAGUAAUUAAGUAAAAAUAAAAAAUAUAUUAGAAAAUUGACUGAUUGAAAUCAAUAUACACAAUGACUGUGUAUCAUGAUAGCACGAUAUAUGAUUUCAUCACAAUGCAAUUCCAUUGAAACAAUAAACAUAUUGAAUUAUCACCUAGCCCUAAUUUGCAUUGUGUCAACAUUGCAAAACAAACAUUUUGCCUGCAGUAAACAUCAAUGUGUACUGCCCUCAAACUAGAGGCCUUGAUCACUUGAAUGAGAAGAAGAAGCUUUCCAGAGCUGAAUUUUCCUUUAAUUUUAAUGUGUUGAACAUAAUUCUUCAUAAUCAGAGUAAUUAUCUUCACAUUUUAAAGGUAGAGUACAAUAUUAAUGGCUCCGAAAGUCCCGCUAUUUUUUGUCAACACCAGUACUACCCUAUAGCUAGAUCUAAGUGCUGGUAUGAAGAGAUGUUCUCAUUUAUAAAUUCAGUUCUGAGGUUUUGACAGGCUCACAGGCAUAAAGAGAUUGUUUUUGCAUGUGUCAAGCUCCACAACAAAUGUCAUAGAAUAUAUUAAUAUACAUCCACACCACUCUGAAGUCACACAGAACUACAUGACAUCCUCAUAUGAAGCUUGUAUUCAGGGUUCAGACAUAACCAGUAUACCUCUUGUGAUCUCUGCUGAAAUCACAUCACCUGUUAAUUAACCAGAAGCAGUUCAAAUCAACUCAUUAAAAAACUAAAUAUGAGCAGAGAGCCUCAGCCCAGUAUGUGAUUAGUUAUUGAAUUUUGUAUGGAGAACCUCGCAUAGGGUCUGUAGAGUCCCCACGGGGUCAUAUAGAGGACCCUGAGUAGGUGGCAUGUACAUUCCCUGAUUGCAUUAGUUAGAAGGUUUUGUUUGAGGAAAUAUAAAGCCUGCCCAGGUCACUAGAGGCACAUCAGAACCUUCACAAAUUAUAAAUGACUCGCCUGCCAAGCACCUGCAAACAGUGUGUUUGAUGUAGAUUUUGAACUGUAUUGCUGCUCAGAUCCAGUAAGGUAAUCUGCACAUUAUUGGUAAAGUUGCUUUGCUUUCUUGCCUGCCACUGAAAAAAAAAGGAACAGACUAUUAUAGUGAUGAACUCAGUUGUAAAAUGAAAAUUAUAUUUUAAAAUCUUGUUAUUGCAUGAGGUCUGUUGCAUCACUGCAUUAGUUUAUUUUUUUAUUUACUUUCUGAAUAAGAGGGCCAGUUUAUCAAUAAUCAUGUGAACAGAUACAUCAUCAGGGUGGGGCAUUCACUUGAAGAGAGAUGUAAAGUGUGCACACUGUAAUCUCCCACACACAGAUCAUAAUCGCUUAUAAACAGUUUUAAUUUACCUCAAAAUAAAUGAUACAAUUUUCGGGCUAUUUCCACAAGUGUGCUUGGCUUUUAGCGUAAAAGUUAAAGGAUGAGCAGUUGUAGUAACUCAGAUUUUAUCCUUUUCAUACACAUAUAAUUCAUAUUAAGAUUAUAAUAGUAUAUCACAUAUACUGUAUUUUUUAAACAUCUUGUGACUAGGGGUAUUUUUGAAUUUCUGAAACAAUGUCCAGCAUUUUAAUUAUCACUGCAUAGCCCCACCCUUGUUAUGUGUAUCUACAAUCAAUCAAUGAGACGUACUGUUUACUUUCAACUGAGGCUGUGUGUUUACAUUAUCUGCUACAGUAUGUGCUGUGCGCCCCCAUAAAAAACAUAUAAGUAUCGUGACAUGGUUAAUCAUUAUUUUAACUCAGUUCAAAGUCAAACAGGAAGGCAAACAGUAGUACAUGGUCAGAUGAUAAGUGGUUUGAAUCCAAGCUUGUGACGGUCUGAUUGAAGAAAUGUAAGCAGCUUUUGUUGAGGUAGUGUUUGUUUUCAGCCCCAAAUUGGUGCACUGUGUACUGUUAGAGACAGCAGUUACAAAAACUAUUAUUUAAUCAAAAGGUUCUACAAAGACAAUUGGAUUGAAGUGAAACUGAAUGUUUCCCAGUCUAAUGAUUGUCAAUGAGUUAAACAUCCCAUUUGUAUUUUUAUGGAGUUGAUCUGGAUACGACUGAUGUCAAAGCUGGAGUGCGGAACUUUUGUCUCCCCCUGCUGGCAGUGAGAGUAAUUACACAAACAGUAGAUUUGUCCUUAUUACACGGUCGCCAAUAAAGUUGGAAUCAUUUUGCUUUCAGACACAAUCCUCUGUUAAUUGUGGUUCCAUUUUCAUUGUGAUUUGUUUGGAAGAGAUUGAUUAAUAAAGUUUUUUCAAGAUAUACAAGAUAUACACUCUAUCUGUCAAGAAUAAUCCACAUUGUCACAUUCAUUUCAUGGAAAGAGGUAAUAAUAUCUUAAUCCAACUCUAUCAGCGACCGUGUACAUACAUCUACAGAUGAGCAUCUCCACUGCCCUCAGGAGCACUUAUUUUUACUGUAAUCCUUCUGAACGCAGAGUUUCUUUUUUUAACUGGAGCAUUCAUUGCCGAAACUUAAUGCAUCUUCUCCA